ACAGUAUAUAUUCUGUGGUCAAGUAAGUUAAUGUAGAGAUUUAUUUUAAAAAUAAUUUGCAUUCAUGACUUUCAUACUCGAUAAGUCUUUCCUCAUAAAUUUUGAAAAACAAUAUUAAUAUUUUUCUAUUUAGAAAUAAAUUUGAAAAAACCUUGCGCUUGCAUUGUCAACACUGAUAAGUGAUAAGUCUUCCGAUUGCUUUGUGUUGCGUAAACAUGGCGGAUGGGAAGCUAUCAUCUUAUCAAAAUAAUAAAUCAGAAAGAAUAUCAAAUUCCAAACAAAGUGAAAAUAAUGUGUCCAAAAACGAAGAAGAUAAGGCAACUAAAUGGGGUCUUCCUCUUAAGGAGUUAUAUCGCUUGGCUUUGAAAUUCUACAAAGAAAAAGAUGGAAAGGCCUUUAAUUUUUCUUACGAGGAUAAAUUGAAAUUGGUGGCAUUGACACAGCAAGUGAGUCAUGGAAAAUACAGUCAACAAAAGCUUCCACCGUUGGGAGCUUUUGAUGUCAUUGGAAGAGACCGAAGGUUAGCAUGGCAGGCAUUGGGUGAUGCAUCCAAGGUGCAAGCUAUGGACUGCUUGAUAGAGCUCGUGGAUGAACAGUGUCCCUUAUUCAAAACUUUCGUUGAUGCUUAUAAAGCUGACCUUGAAGAGCGAGAUAAGAUUAGACGAGAAGGAGAGAUUAAAAAGAAGAAAGAACAGGAGAAGCGACGUCUGGAAGAAGAAAUGCGAUUGAAAGAAGAACAAGAACUUUUAAAACAAGAAUCACAGAGGAGGCAGGUUCAGGAAGCAUUGAACCAGCAAACAUUUAUGCAGUUUAAGACUUAUGCUGAACAGCAAUACCCUGGAAAUCCUGAACAGCAAGCUGUGUUGGUGAGGCAACUGCAAGACCAGCACUAUCACCAGUACAUGCAGCAGCUGCUACGCACCAAUCACAUCGAACUGCCGCUCAGCGACAACGAAGAGACCGACGACAUGUCUCAGGCCAACUUGGCCGCCAAUGGCGACAGCGACAUUCCUCACGAGGAGCUGGAGCUGGAGAGCGAGGAUGAAGGAAGCUCUCAAACUAUAUCAAUGGCUUCAAUGUGGACCAGAAAAGAUUUGAAACCAUUCAAAGAUUCUAUCAAAAAAGAAGGCGGAGACUCCAUUAUCAGGGUUGGCCAUGGAGAAACUGUCACGGUAAUUUUUUCUUCAAUAAUACUAAAGUUGCCGGACGACGUGGAGCGCGCAAACCUGUCGGUGGCGAGACGCAUGGAGGCAGCCGCCAACCGACCGCCGCUGUCGAUCAUCGUGCCGGUGUUCCGCCGUGACUGCCAGGACGAGGUCUACGCCGGCAGCCACUCGUACCCGGGCCAGGGCGUCUACCUCCUGAAGUUCGACAACUCAUACAGCCUCUGGCGCUCCAAGACGCUCUACUAUCGCGUCUACUAUACACGGUGA